AUGGUUGUGGGUAGUGAUGUUGGGAUGAUCCACGAUGGCACCGUCAUGGUAGUGAGCAUCAAAUCAGGCCGUGAGACCGUGCAGUUGGCGGCUGCUAGAAUCGACAACAAAGCUGUGAGGCUGCAAAGUCGUGGCAGCCACGAGACUAUAAGGUUGCAAGGGUGCUCUAGCCAUAUGUCCAUGCGGUUCAGCUAUACGCUCAAUAGUGGGACCUGGUGCUGCGGUUGUGGGGCCGUGUGGUGGAAAGGUGCUCACAACCAUGGAGCGGUGAGGUGA